AAAUACAUGUCUUGAAGAGGCACGCCCACCGAAGUUGAAUUUUUCAUCGCAGGAAAUGGCAAAACUUUACUCGUCGACAUGGAAUCGUGAAGAGAAUCAUUGUCUAUCAACUGUUUAGUUAGAAUGUUUUCAUGUUCACAUAAAAUAUUGUUCAUGACAUAAUUACAUAUGUCAUUAUUAUAUCAUGAGAUCAUCUCGUGAAAUCAUCUCAGCUGGUGUCUGACUAAUAGCAAUCAACGAAGUCCUUAUGAAAGGAAUGCUAGCUUUGUUUCAAAUUCAAACGCACACCGGCUUUGGCUGUCAAAGAGUUAAGGAGCACAUAAAAGCAGUAUUGAGUCAAAGAAUUAAGAAGCAUAUAACAGCAUCGAGUAGCUACAAUUCAAAAUCCACUAUCAAACUGUUACAUCAUGCCGAAAAGUAAAGGUUUUUUCAACGUUAUCAUCGUGGGUGACAGUAAAGUUGGCAAAACAUGUUUGCUAUACUCGUACAAAGGCGGGAAAAGGCCAGAAGAAAAAAUUCCCGGUUUUCUUCAAACGUUUACGUGCAAAGUUAAAGUUAACUGUAAAAAAGUGGAGUUAGGGAUUUGGGACACCUCUGGUGAUUCGCAAUACGACGGUCUACGAAGACUGGUAUACGUGAGUGGGGAUAUCUUUGUCGUUUGUUACUCGGUGGAUAGUCGCCAGAGCUUCGAGAACGUCACGAAAAAAUGGCUGCCUGAAUUGAGGAAAUGUGGACAGCCGAACGCUGCAGUCGUUGUUGUGGCAACGAAAAAGGAUUUGCGACCACGUACCAGUGUUAUGCCAAGAUCAGUCGAUGGCAUAGAUGGAAGAAGUACGCGUGACAGUUUCGUGACGUAUGACGAAGGUCUUCAACUAGCUCACGAGAUUCGAGCCAAGGCAUUUGUUGAAUGCUCGGUGCAAAACGAGUCUAGCACUUGCAAUGUUUUAGGAGAAGUGGCCAACAUCCUUUUAAAACAAUUAGCAAAGGAAAAGGAGAAGAAAAGAGACUCUUAGUAACAUCUGCAAACGGUGAUGUUAAAUUUGCUGAACAUCACUUUAUAGCUACAUACAUAAUGUUUCGUCUUUUUUUGGAGUGGUCGUCGAUUGCGACCUCGCGCUGAAAAUAGCUGAAAUUGGAUUCAAAUUCAUCUUGAAAAAGGCAGAUAGCUUAAUUGUUGAUUUCAUUUUGCCGAUCAAUUAUAGAACUUUCUACGGUUUCUUGAAUUCAUUUUAUUCCUGUUCUUGCAACAGUUAAUUUAUCUUAUUUACAUUUAUUUAGUAUAAAUAUACAUGUAUAUAUAGGUACAGAUAUGUCACACUCAAUACUUUAUAAUAAAUACCGUUCGUGGUAAUAAAUAACUAUUCAUUAAA